UCUUCCGCACUUUGUGAUCGAUCAUGCGCAUUCUCCACGCACUCCGACGACCGUCGAUCUUGUCGCGGCACUUGCGAGCGUUUUCGGAUGCCGCGCCUAGCAAGCAGGCGGCGCUUAACACAGAGCUCUUUGAAAAGUACCCUCAUCCUGAAGGAUACAUGAACAACCUGCGAAACAUUGGGAUCUCUGCCCACAUUGACUCAGGCAAGACGACGUUGACCGAACGCAUCCUGUUCUACACAGGUCGUAUCAAUGCCAUCCAUGACGUGCGCGGCAAGGACGGUGUGGGCGCCAAGAUGGACUCGAUGGAAUUGGAACGCGAAAAGGGUAUCACGAUUCAAAGUGCCGCCACGUACGCCCAGUGGAAAGAUGCGAACAUCAACAUUAUCGACACGCCCGGUCACGUCGAUUUCACGAUCGAAGUCGAACGCGCGUUGCGUGUGUUGGACGGUGGUGUGUUGGUGCUGUGUGGUGUGUCUGGCGUGCAAUCGCAGUCGCUCACGGUCGACAAGCAGAUGAAGCGGUACGGUGUGCCUCGCAUUGCAUUCAUUAACAAGUUGGAUCGCAUGGGCGCCAACCCGUGGAAAGUCAUCAAGGAUUUGCGCAAGCAGCUCAAGUUGAAUGCGGCCGCUGUCCAAGUCCCGAUCGGGAUCGAAGAUCAAUUGGAAGGCGUUGUCGAUCUCGUGCGUAUGCAAGUAUACCGCAACGACGGCCCGAGCGGCGAAACCAUUUUGACGUCGUCGGAAAUCCCGGACAACCUCAAGGAAUUAGUGGCCGAGAAGCGCUUGGAAAUGAUCGAACGGCUCGCGGACGUCGACGACGAGAUUGGCGAACUCUUCCUCAUGGAAGAAGAACCCACAGUGGACCAGCUCGUCGGGGCCAUUCGUCGUGCUACCAUUGCGCACAAAUUCGUCCCAGUGUUCAUGGGAUCUGCUUUCAAGAACAAGGGGGUACAGCCCAUGUUGGACGGUGUAAUCGACUACUUGCCGUCGCCGUCGGAAGCUCAAAAUAUUGCGUUGGACCAAGGCAAGAACGAAGAACCUGUCCUUGUCCCGUGCUCCCCGGACGCGCCUCUCUUGGCGCUUGCGUUUAAGCUGGAGGAAGGCCGAUUCGGCCAACUCAGCUACAUGCGCAUCUACUCGGGCACGUUGAAGCGCGGCGGGUUCAUCUACAACAUGUCCAACAUGAAGCGCAUUAAGGUACCUCGUCUUGUCAAGAUGCACUCGAACGAAAUGGAAGACGUUGAAGAAGUGUCGGCGGGAGAAGUCGUCGCCAUGUUCGGCGUCGACUGUGCUUCUAUGGACACGUUCAGUGACUCGAACUCGAGCAAGAUGACCAUGACGAGUUUGCACGUGCCCGAGCCUGUGAUGUCACUCGCGAUCAUCCCGAACAACAAACAAAAUCUCAACAACUUUUCCAAGUCGCUCAACCGGUUCCAGCGCGAAGACCCGACAUUCCGCGUCAGCGUAGACGAAGAUUCCAAGCAGACGAUCAUCAGUGGCAUGGGCGAGUUGCAUUUGCAAAUCUACAUCGAACGCAUGAAGCGCGAGUACAACGUCGAAGUUGAAAGCGGCGCGCCCCAAGUCAACUUCCGCGAAACGAUCAAGCAAAAGGCCGACUUCAACUAUCUCCACAAGAAGCAGAGCGGAGGGUCCGGUCAGUAUGCUCGCGUCACGGGGUACUGUGAACCCAUCUCGCAAGAAGAGAUUGACGAAGGCGCUGCCCCGAUUCAGUUUGUGAACGAUAUCAUCGGGUACAUGCACCCAGUGGUGACUUGAGAUGAAUCCCUGUUGACUUGUAGGAAUGCCAUCCCCCCCGAGUAUAUUCAAGCGUGUGAGAAGGGUGUUAACGACGCCGUCCAAAAGGGCUGGCUCCUCGGGCACCCGAUCACCCGCAUCCGUGUGGUCCUGACGGACGGUCAAGCACACGCCGUGGAUUCGUCCGAACUUGCGUUUCGCACGGCUAUGGUCCAGGCCAUCCGUUCUGCGUUCACCAAGGGGUCGCCCAGCGUAUUGGAGCCUAUGAUGACAGUUGAAGUCGACAUCCCGAACGAGUUCCAAGGCGGCAUCAUCGCCGAACUCAACCGUCGACGUGGCAUGAUCCAGAGCAGCGAAGCCGACGAAGUGUCGACGGUCGUGCGGGCUGACGUCCCGCUCCAAAACAUGUUUGGGUUCUCGACCGACUUGCGGUCUUCGACCCAAGGCAAGGGUGAGUUCACGAUGGAGUACAAGACCCACGACUUUGUCGCGCGCGAUGCCCAAGAAAAGCUCGUCGCGGAAUACCAAAAGGCCCAAGAAGCCAAGAAAAAGUAAACGGGACGUGCCCUCUAUCGUCACUUCGGUCGACGCGUUCUCGCCAUCCUUUCAAUAUAGACGCCCGUGCAUUGAAAUCCAUUUGACCCAUCCCCAAGCUGACUCAAAGCAGCACGCUCCGUCUGCACAUGACCACAAGAACAUGGUAUGUUGUUUCGUGACCAAUGCGAGCCGGGUCCCUCCAAUGUGCCACAAAACAUGUCACAACGCCGUGGCUAUAUUCGAAAUCCCACGUCGGAUACAUACAACCACGGCAAGGCAUCAUUGACUUCAUGUGGUGCGCUAUUUCACUCGUGCGCAGACUCGGGCUCGCUAAACGACACGUUUUGAAUGAAGGAAACGCGCUUUCGCUUCCUCUAGAAGAUUUGAAAGGCGUGAGCGUCGACUGGGGCUCUGUGUUGAAAAAAAAAGCGCACGCACCAUCGUCGUCGAGAGUGUUCGUGGGGUCAUACGAACUUGAUGGUCUUGGGACGUCGCAGCCCCCCAGUUCAAGUGAUAGAACAGCGCCUCGGUUAAAUAAUGUUCUGGGAUCACGC